AUGUUCGCCAAGCCUGCCAAGGUGAGCGGGAAUGUGCUGCUCAAGAACAAGGACGUCAAGACGCUGCGCCGCGACGUCGCUACGUGCUUCCCUGACUCUCUAGACGGUCCUGAUGACCCUAACCUGAAGCAAUUGCUACCGCCCAAGACCGUUGUCCAGAAGAUCCGUUUCCAAGCGCCGUCUCGGGUCGUUGUGUUUACUUCAGAGACGACUAAAGCGCCGCUGAUAUUCGAUAUGACAGGGAAAGGAGAGUACUGUUUUAGUGUAUAUGCACUCUGGCAAGCACCAGCUCUGCUGCCUCGUCUGACGGUGCACGUACCAGUAAGUACGUUUGUGCUGCGUGGAGCGGACGUGAUGCUGCCGGGCGUCGUUUUUCCAUCGCAAGAAGCGCUGCAGACGCUGCGAAAGGGAGAGCUGCGAGCUGUUUAUGUGCAAGGAAAUCCCUGCGCUAUUGCAGUGGGGGAGGUGCUCGUGGAUGCAGCCGACGUGGAACGCAGUGGCAAGAAGGGACGAGCGCUCAAGCUGUGGCAUGUGGUGGGCGACGCGUUGUGGCAAAUGGGGCCGCAAACGCUGCCAAAUGAAGGGUUUCUAGGAGACCAAGUCGUGUCUAUUGGGGGACAGAAAGGACAAUCGGAGGGUGAGGAGAAGCAGGAGGGACGAGGUAUACGAGGUGGUGACGCUGGUGGUGGGAUGUCGGAUGGGGUAGAAGACGAAGUGCAGGUAAAUGAGGAGGAGGAGAUGGAGGAGAAGAAGGAGAAAGUGACGAAGGAGCAGAUGGAUCGGUACUAUGUCGAGACUUUGCUGCAAGCACUGAGGACUUCACGGGUUCGUGAGAAAGAUCUGCCGAUGCUGGCGAGCUCGUUUCAUGCCAACGUGCUCUUGCCGUGUCGUCGAGCUGGCGUCUUGCUGAACAUCAAGCUGAGCUCGUUCAAGAAGCUGUCGGUGUACUUGAAAGGGAUGGAAGCGCAUGAACUGCUGACUGUCGUUGAUAACGAUGGAGUGAUGUCAAUUACAACGAUCUCUCGACGCCAUCGGGAUGUGCUGUCGCACGAAGUGUACGAGACCGCUGAAGAAGUGCAGCAGAAAGAACAGGCCACUGCUGACAAAGCGGCAGGUGUGCACGCUUUUGCUCCUGGUCAGUCUGCACCCGAGGUCGAAGAGAGUUUCGGCCUGUCACCUGCGCUGAGAACGUUGCUCCGGCCAAUUUUACCCGUCGCUUCUGUUGACAAACCGGUUCAAAAGUACUAUUCGCGUGUGGAGGUUCGCGACCUGGUGACUCUAUAUGUUGAAAGUCAAGGACUGGUUGACGCUGAAAACCAGAAGUUUGUGCGACUAAACGGUCUCCUCACGGAUGCUCUCUAUAGCAAGAAAGCACCUGUUGGCGGGUAUAACGAGCGCCUCUCCCGACAGGAAAUUUUCAACCUUCUGCUGUCCAAGUGUACGCAUUACCACCGAAUCAAGCUUUUUCCGACGCAUGCAGUUAAGUUCCGUGGCGGAAGUUUCCGUCCGAUCAUGAUUCUAGCUAAAAAGCUGAAGCGCCGAAACAACACGACGGUAACGUCCAUUGCGUGCUAUCAGCAGUUUGGCAUCGAAGGUGCCGCGUUUGCUAAAGAAGUGCAAAAGAAAUGGGGCUGUAGCGCUGCAGUGCGGCCAUCUGAAGACAAGAGCUUGUGCGAAGAGAUUCAAAUCCAUGGCCAGAUGGUCAACGAGGUCUUGGAACAUCUGGAGGCCAAAUAUCACAUCAACGCAAAGUUUUGCAGCGUGACAUAUGGCAAGGACGUCAAGGCCAAGAAGAACAAGUGA